AUUGCGUACGAUGGCAUAUGGAUUGAUAUGAAUGAGCCGGCAAAUUUUGGAACAAACGAAAAACAUCCAUGGUAUUUCGAUGAAGCCGACCAUCCUAAUGAUGAACCCUUGCAAUGUCCUAAGGAGGAGGGCAACGAAGAUGCACAUUGGGAUAUGCCACCGUAUAAAACACAGAAUGUGUGGGUCUUCGGGAAGGAUGCUUAUUUGGCCACAAAAACAUUGUGUAUGUCAGCGGUACAAGCUAACGGAACUCUACGUCAUUACGAUGUGAAGAGUCUUUACGGCUGGAGUGAAUCAAAAAUCACACAGCAAGGACUGUACAAAGCAACAAAUAAAAGAGGAAUUGUAAUAUCGAGGUCUACUUUCGCGUCCAAUGGACGUUAUUGUGGUCAUUGGCUUGGUGACAACUCAGCUACAUGGGAAGAUCUUCAGUCAGCAGUGAUUGGAGCUCAAGAAUUUAAUUUAUUUGGAAUGCCGUAUAUUGGCUCAGAUAUUUGUGGAUUUAAUCGCGACACCGAGGAGGAAUUGUGCCUUAGAUGGCAUCAAAUGGGUGCAUUCCAUACAUUCAUGAGAAAUCAUAAUGCACGCAGGCAUAUCGCACAAGAUCCCGCACAAUGGCCAUCAGUGGCCGAGGCUACUAAGAAGGCUGCCCUAUUCCGAUACAGCUACCUACCCUAUCUUUUCAGUCUGCACUUUGUCGCCUCCCUAGAUGGAGGAACCGUUAUCCGUCCGCUUUUCUAUGAAUUCCCAAAAGAUAGAAGAACUCAUGAUAUUAACUACCAGUUCCUAUGGGGUAGUUCUAUGCUUAUCGCUCCUGUCGUGCACAAGGGAGCUACAAGUGUAGAAGUUUAUCUACCAAAAGAUGAUUGGUAUUCAUUGUUCGACUAUAAUUACGGCCAAUUAAUUGAAUAUGGAGAUCAGGCAUUCCCCGCUCCCAGAACAUCGCUUAUCCCGGUUUUAGUCAGAGGUAGAAAACAUAGUGGUUCAAUAUUACCUCGUCAACAACCCAAUGUCACAACAGAAUACACUAGAAAAAAUGCAUUCGAAUUACUGAUUGCUCCUGGAACAGUCUUUAUGCAAACAAACAAUUUAAAAUAG